CCCGGAGCUCGGACUGCGAAAUCAUGGCUACGUUCAUGGAGCGGUUAGCUUUCCUCCAGAAAGUGCCCACCCUCAUGAAGGCUACAGCAGAUGAUGAAAACCCCUGUCCUGGCUACUUGUUCCAGGAGAUUGGAAAAAUCUCCCAUGAAUCUUCAGGUUGUGGUCAGUGUUUGUUGGAGUACCUUUUGGAGAGGCUGCAAGCUGGGUCCUGUCACGUCAAAUUAAAGGUGCUGAAGAUCUUUGUCCAUCUCUGCAGCCAUGGUUCAAACCAUUUCCUCACAGAACUUAGAAGGAACUCCACCUUCAUCCAGCAAGCGUCAGUUUAUAGUGGCCCACCCGAUCCCAUUCAUGGCACAGCAUUGUACCAGAAAGUGAGGAGUACAGCACAGGAAGUGGCCAGGUCGCUUUUCACAGAUGCAAUGUUAAACAAGAGCAGCAUCUCUCCCCCUAACCUCGGCUCCACAACGAUGGGUAUGGGCUCUGACCACAGGUCAGGAAUGCAGGGCUUUGGUUACAGUCCAGGGAAGCAGGGGACAGGCAGUGACUCACUAUUGGAUAAGAUCCAGAAAGCUGCAGAGGUAGUUGCCAGUGCUGUCCUUCCACCGACUGAACACCAGGGCAUCCGUCUCCAAGAAAACCAUUAUAGGGCCGUCGUGGCGCCGUCUGCACCCAUAGAGGUUGCGGUGCCUGCAUGUGCCUAUAACCUGCCUGCUCGCAAACCGAAAGCAGUGACCGAGCGGCUCCCGGGCAAAGUAGGAGGCGGCUGGGAAGAGACCGACAGCGGCAACAGCUCCUCUCACAACUCCUCUCAGGACAUCGCAGCCAACAGCAGGGCCUCAGUGGGCAGCAAGUCAGCGGGGACCGGGAGCCAAUCGGGGGCCAGCAGAGAGAGCAGUGGGGACCUAUCAGAACGGGUUGAUGCUUUGCAGUUGGGGGACUGUGGCCAGGAGAUGGCUCUCAUCAGCAGACUGACCGAAGGAUCCAGAGUGUUCCUGUCCAGAGAGGAGAACCAACAUCUCAUCAAAGAAUGCUCCAUUCUUAACUGUGAGGUUGUGGUGGAGCUGCUCUCAAGCAAACUUCAAGAUCCUUCAAACACUGUUAAGAUGAGGGCUCUGUGUGCUAUCGCAUGCCUCAUGACCUCUGACCUCCUCUCUCUGGAGCAAAUGUUUGGAGCCACACAAAGGAGACUUCGCCAGCUGAGUGAGGGGCCCCCUGGGCCUGCGGCAAACAAAGCCACCAAGAUUUUGCGACAGUUUGAAGCUCUGACAGGUGGAUCUUUGAACGCUCCCAAGCUGGAUACAGCAAACGGCAGCCACCAGGCUACAAGUAAUCAGCCUCACACAUCUUCAUACUCAGACCCUUUACUACCGUCUUGCUUUGCUGACAGCACCAACCUCAACCAUCUUCAGCCUGACAUCGCACCUGUAGAUGUCACUCAGCUACCAGAUCCCCCAUCUUCCCCGUCUGGUCUGGCUUUGGCACUGAAACACUCAGCAGACCUAAUGAAUGACGGCGAUGAGCCGAAACUUUCUUCCAUUCAGCCAGAGCCCAUCAGGACUGCUGACGUUGCACUGGCUGUUGAUGAUCCAGAGCUUACCAGAGACAGAGGUUCCUCUCCUCUCUGUGAGCCGCAGAGCGAGCGGCUCUGUCUGAGCAGAGUGUCUCUGUUCAGUGGAAUGGAGAUGGUGACCAGGGGGAGGCCGCUGUGUGAGAGGGGAAGAGAAACGUCCACGACUGACACGGACAGAAAGGAGGAUGGCUUAAAGCAGAAUGCAGCUGUGUAUAGGUCUGACGAUGCAGAACAUUCAACUCCCCCUGUCACCAGUACAAACAGUGAGAGUUCUCCUUCACUUUGCAACUCGGCUGCAUCCGAUAGCAGCCAGCCAGUAUCUGCCUUCUCAUUUCUCAAAUGUUGACCUACAACUGCUGCUGGAACUGUUCUACCUAAACCAAUGAUGUCAUCACACAUAUAUAUAUAUAUAUAUCAUUUUAGGAAAUCUAUUUAAUUAAAACGAGCUCAGAUCUGCAAGGUUAUACUGUAGAGGCAUCAGAUUCAUAUUAUGUCCAAGUUGUCUAUUCAUAUAUGUGGGGUGCCUCUGUGGAAGCUGUACUUAAGAGGACCAGCGUGUGGGAUUUAUGCAGAGUUCACAUUACAUGAUUUUCACGUUUUGGGGCUCUGGUGUAGACAGAAUUGAUAUCAGGGCCAAGACUCUGUCAUCUGUUCGCCGUACACUGUUUACAGUUGAACUAGUUUCUACACAAAUGUUUCUCCACCCAAAACACAAACAGUGACACUUCUAGUAGCUGCUUUAGGUCCAGAUAACAUUUUGGCUCAUCUGUAUUCACGGCUAUCUGCAGAUGAAUCCAGAUAAACUCAAAAGCUGAUUGCUGAUGCAUUUUGGUUCAUGUUGUCUGGGUGUAUUGCUCUCCACAUUAACUGUUUACCUGCAGGCAACCAAAGGCUCCUCAAACGUGAUUGGCCAAUCUUAAAAUGCAUCUAAAAUAUUCACAUGCAGAAUCUUUUCGUCGUGUGUGAACUCUUCAAAGAAGAUUUGAGAGUGUCGCUUUACUUGUUGUCUCCUCCGACAAGAUUUCUAGCAGGCCAAAUAUCUAGAUAAGUCAGCAACAAAUACAUUUAAAAUUUGCCAUUCAGAGCACAAGACGGGGUGAAGAUUGUGUAGUGUCUGACCCUGUCGCCAGUCAAUCAAGUGGUAUGAUCUUGGAGAGCCUUUUAGCAGUGAGGUUGCACAUUGUGAUCAACUCAACCCCUCCCCCCUCAAUUUCCAAAAAUGUAGGAGAACCUGCAUUGGCCUUCAGUUUGCAUAGAAUACAAAACGUCCUCCUCAGAGCCAGUGUUUGGUUUGUCCCAUCUGGCCUACUGGAGAAACAUUGUAAUUCAAUAUGAAAGGAAGACCUGCCUCUCAUUUCCAUGUGACUGGCUCAUUAUAAGUGAACAAAAACACGAGUUACUACCUGAAAAAAGGUUAGGAAUAUUAUAUUUCAUUUAUACAAUUUGUGCUAACGGAUUUGCUUUGAAUCCUCGUCACUGCUCCUUUAAGCAGCAGAUUGGGUGAGAGACAGAUUGAGGACUCUGAGCUGUAGUCGUUGAGGGAUGAAGUUGAAUUUCUCAAAAAAAUUUCAUGAGUAUGGUUGUCUUAAAUUACAGGUUCUAACAGAUGGCUGCUUUAUCUCAGGAUUUAUUUUAGGUAACAACUCUUACACCUCCACAGCAGCCCCUAAACCUCUGAGGGACAAUCCCUUGAUUUGUAAUUUGCACUACAGUUGCUUUUUUUUUUAAUGAUCUCAUGAAACUAGAAAGCAGUCGUCUUCCAUAUUUCGUUGGUACUAAGCUAUCAGUAUUGUGUUAAGUUUACAAGUCAUUGUACCCUGUAUUGAUUGAAACCUACCCAUGAGAAUAGAGUGCAUGUCUUUAAUGAAAAAACUGAGUGUGGAGAACUAAUGUGGACAUUUUUGCUGACAUCUGUGUGCAAUAACCAAUGUGCGAAGCAUAAGAACAAUAUCUUCAACUUAACAGUCACUUCUAAGUAUAAUGUAAACUGCAUCCACUAUGGUUAUUUCAGUGACACAUUAUAAUGUGGCAUUUAGUACAAACGACAUACCAUAAUGGAAACCUACUGGUACAAAGUGAAAGCUACUGUACCGUUACUGCUACAGUCACUUUGUUUCAGUGAAGCACGCUGUUGCACAGGUUGAAGAAUAAAACAUGCUGUUUUUUGUUACAGCAACAACU